AUGAGUGCCAAGCUCUCCAAGGAGUUGAGGCUCUCCCUGCCAACCUGUCUCUUCAAUAGGACAUCUGGCUCUUCAAAUACAAGUAGCGCCUGCAUCACGCAAAUGGGGCAGCUUUUCCAGUCUUUCUCGUCCACUUUUGUUCUAAUUGUUCUAGUCACCCUCAUCUUCUGCCUGAUUCUGCUCUCCCUCAUUACUUUCCACAUCCACAAGAGAAAGAUGAAGAAACGGAAAAUGCAAAAAGCUCAGGAGGAAUAUGAACGGGACCACUGCAGCAGCACCAGCACCAAAGCGGGUGAUACAUAUGAAAUUCCCCAAGGAAGAGAACCGUCCAGGCUAGGAAAAACCACUCCGGAUUCUAGUAUCCAGUGUACUUCUGCCCCAGAACCUCAGAACACCCAUCCCAAAAGAUCAUGUUUGGACACAGAUACUCAAGAGCUUUUGCAAACAGUGGUAUUGUCUUGA